AUGCUGGUCUUUAUGACAAUCAUUGCUGGGUUCACGGAGGACAAGACCUUCCGACCGAAAAAGUUCUUCCUGAAGGGCAGCAAGCGCGACCAGCUCCACACCCUGAUGGUCAAGACGCUCGGCGCAGGCGGCAACCUCCGCGAAGCCGUCCGCGUUCCUGCUGGCGAGAAAGACAACGAAUGGCUCGCCGUUAACACACUCGACUUUUACAACCAGCUCAAUCUCAUGUACGGCAGCAUUCGCGAGCUGUGCACCGAAGCUACCUGCCCAACAAUGAGCGCAGGGCCAGCCUACGAGUAUUAUUGGGCCGAUGAGGUCCAGAAAAAGCCCGUCAAGCUCACCGCCCCACAGUACAUUGACAAUCUGAUGACUUGGGUCCAAGCGCAGCUCGAUAACGAGUCAAUAUUCCCCAUGGAAGGCGAUGACUUCCCCAGUACGUUUAAGGAGACCGUCAAGACCAUCUUUAAGCGACUGUUCCGCAUUUAUGCACACAUUUACUACAACCACUACAAGAUGCUCGAGACCUUGCAAGAAGAGAAGCACCUGAACUCGUGCUACAAGCACUUUAUCUUCUUUGUUGAGGAGCACGACCUUGUUGAGAAGAAGGAGAUGGCUCCCUUGGCAACGCUGUCUCAAAAGCUUUCGGGCGGCCAACCGGUGCAAGCGCCAUAA